AUGAAUUCCAAACAACAAAUAUUCUUCGCUUUCCUCGUUCUCCUUUGUGUCAUUCAUGGUACCUACGCUGGGCCUGUAGCAUAUGCAGUUUGCCAAACUGCCUGUAAUCUCGGAUGGGUCUCUUGCUACGCUUCUGCUGGUUUAGUUGCUGGUACCGUUACCGGUGGCUUGGGCGCUCCACUCGCAGCUAUUGCUUGUAAUGUCGCUCAAGGUGUCUGUAUGGCAGCUUGCGUCGGUUUAUUGACCGCACCAACUCCUUAG